GAUGGCUCGCUUUGGGGAGGCAGUGGCCGGCAGGCUGGGCUCUGGAGAUGGGGGCUCUGACCAGAACCGGAGCCGGCAAGGACCCCCUGCUCCUGCAGGAGGGACCCCGGGAGCCUUCAAGCAAACCAAAGCGCAGAGAGCCCGGACUAUGGCUCUGUACAACCCCAUCCCCGUCCGGCAGAACUGCUUCACCGUCAACAGAUCACUCUUCCUCUUUGGGGAAGAGAACAUAGUCAGGAAAUACGCCAAGAAGCUCAUCGACUGGCCUCCCUUUGAGUACAUGAUCCUGGCGACCAUCAUUGCCAACUGCAUUGUGCUGGCCCUUGAGCAGCACCUCCCUGAGGACGACAAGACGCCCAUGUCACGGAGAUUAGAGAAGACGGAGCCCUACUUCAUUGGGAUUUUCUGCUUUGAGGCUGGGAUUAAGAUCGUGGCUCUGGGGUUUGUUUUCCACAAGGGCUCAUACCUGCGCAACGGCUGGAACGUCAUGGAUUUCAUCGUGGUCCUCAGCGGCAUCCUCGCCACCGCUGGGACGCACUUCAACACCCACGUGGACCUGCGGACGCUGCGGGCCGUGCGCGUGCUCAGACCUCUGAAGCUUGUCUCGGGCAUUCCCAGCCUGCAGAUUGUGCUGAAGUCCAUUAUGAAGGCCAUGGUGCCUCUCCUUCAGAUUGGCUUGCUGCUCUUUUUCGCUAUCCUCAUGUUUGCCAUCAUCGGCCUGGAGUUUUACAGCGGGAAGUUGCACCGAGCCUGCUACACAAACAAUUCAGGUGAGCUAGAGGAGCUGGACCCCCCCCAUCCAUGCGGGGUGCAGGGUUGCCCCCCAGGCUACGAGUGCCGGGAGUGGAUUGGUCCCAACGACGGGAUCACGCAGUUCGACAACAUCCUUUUUGCUGUGUUGACCGUCUUCCAGUGCAUCACCAUGGAAGGGUGGACCACAGUCCUGUACAAUACCAAUGAUGCCUUAGGAGCCACCUGGAACUGGCUGUACUUCAUCCCCCUCAUCAUCAUUGGAUCCUUCUUUGUUCUCAACCUUGUCCUGGGAGUGCUGUCAGGCCAUGAGCAGCGAGCCCUGGUAGCCCGCUUGCGGAAACCUGGAGCCACGCUGCUUGCAAACCGCACCAUCUGCACCGAGGAAGUCAUGCUGGCUGAAGAGAACAAAAAUUCUGGGACCUCAGCCUUAGAAGUGCUCAGGCGAGCCACCAUCAAAAGGAACCGGACGGACGCCAUGAACCGUGACUCGAGCGACGAGCACUGCGUCGAUAUAUCCUCCGUGGGCGAGCGGAGGCUGGCGCAGAGAAGACCUCUUCAUCCAACCUUGGGUAACCCCUUGAGCCAUUCUGGCCUCAAAGGUGCCAGGGUGGACGGUGCCUCCUACUUACGGCACAAGGAGCGACUCCUGCGCAUCUCCGUUCGCCACAUGGUGAAAUCACAGGUCUUCUACUGGAUCGUCUUGAGCCUGGUGGCUCUCAACACUGCCUGCGUGGCCAUCGUCCAUCACAACCAGCCAGCCUGGCUCACCCACUUCCUCUACUAUGCAGAGUUCCUGUUUCUUGGGCUCUUCCUCCUGGAGAUGUCCUUAAAGAUGUACGGGAUGGGGCCACGCCUUUACUUCCAUUCUUCCUUCAACUGCUUCGACUGUGGGGUCACAGUGGGAAGCAUCUUUGAAGUGGUUUGGGCUAUCUUCAGACCAGGAACCUCUUUUGGGAUCAGUGUCCUGCGAGCCCUUCGUCUCCUGCGAAUAUUUAAAAUAACCAAGUACUGGGCAUCCCUGAGGAAUUUGGUGGUCUCACUGAUGAGCUCCAUGAAGUCUAUUAUCAGCCUGCUCUUCCUUCUCUUCCUCUUCAUUGUAGUCUUUGCCCUGCUGGGAAUGCAGCUGUUUGGAGGCAGGUUUAACUUCAUCGAUGGGACACCAUCAGCCAACUUUGACACUUUCCCCGCGGCCAUUAUGACAGUCUUCCAGAUCCUGACAGGCGAGGACUGGAAUGAGGUGAUGUACAACGGCAUACGCUCCCAGGGAGGUGUUCGCUCAGGCAUGUGGUCCUCCAUCUAUUUCAUCGUCCUCACCUUGUUUGGAAACUAUACUCUGCUGAACGUGUUCUUGGCUAUUGCGGUGGACAACCUGGCCAAUGCUCAGGAGCUCACCAAGGACGAGCAGGAGGAAGAGGAGGCCUUUAAUCAGAAGCACGCCCUUCAGAAAGCCAAAGAAGUCAGCCCCAUGUCCGCCCCAAACAUGCCUGCUAUCGAAAGAGACAGGCGAAGGAGACACCACAUGUCGAUGUGGGAGCCACGCAGCAGCCACCUGUAUAACGGGGCAGGAGGCGGCAUCGAGGAUAGGGCGAGGAUGAGGCAGAGCCAGCGGCGCAGUCGGCACCGCAGAGCCCGGAUGGAGGGGAAGGAGCCAUCCGGUGCCCUGGGGAGCCGCUCAGCCAGCCAGGAGAUGGGUCUGGAGGAGGCCAGCCCCAUGGAGGGGGCACAGGAUGGGGACCAGCGUGGGGACGCAGCCUCAGCGGAGGCGCUGAUCCAGGGGGAGCCAGAAGCGAGCGGAGAGCCCAUCAGGACAAAUGGGGUCCCUGCUGGUGAUGCCGAGCUGGCUGGGACUGUUGAGGAGGGGAGCCCCCCGCAAGGAGCACCCGAGACCCCCCGGGGGAAGACGGGCAGCCUGAUAGAGCAGGACUGCAGCAGCCUGGACACCAGCGAGCAAGCGCUGCUGGAGGCCAGCCGCACCGUCAGCCGGAGCGAGCCUGACCUCUCUUCCAUCACCCCCAACACCGAGAAGGCCACGGAGAGCACCACCAUCAUGAUCGAUGUCCACGACUCCGCUGUGGUACAGAUUAGCAACAAGACAGAUGGAGAAGCCAGCCCCUUAAAGGAGGCUGAGACCAAAGAGGACGAGGAAGAGAUGGAGAAGAAGAAGCGGAAGAAGGAGAAGAGCGAGACGGGCAAAGCGAUGGUGCCACACAGCUCCAUGUUCAUCUUCAGCACCACCAACCCGGUGCGGCGGGCUUGCCACUACAUCGUGAACCUGCGCUACUUCGAGAUGUGCAUCCUCCUGGUGAUUGCCGCCAGCAGCAUCGCCCUCGCGGCGGAGGAUCCCGUCCUCACCAACUCUGACCGCAACAAAGUCCUGAGGUACUUUGACUACGUCUUCACUGGUGUCUUCACCUUCGAGAUGGUUAUCAAGAUGAUCGAUCAGGGCUUGAUCCUGCAGGACGGCUCCUACUUCCGAGACCUCUGGAACAUCCUGGAUUUCAUCGUGGUGGUGGGAGCGCUGGUGGCUUUCGCCUUGGCGAACGCUUUGGGGACCAACAAGGGCCGGGAUAUCAAGACCAUCAAGUCUCUCCGUGUGCUGCGGGUCUUGAGGCCCCUGAAAACCAUCAAGAGACUGCCCAAGCUGAAGGCCGUCUUUGACUGUGUGGUGACUUCACUCAAGAAUGUCUUCAACAUCCUCAUUGUCUACAAACUCUUCAUGUUCAUCUUUGCUGUCAUUGCUGUCCAGCUCUUCAAGGGGAAAUUCUUCUACUGCACUGACAGCUCUAAGGACACGGAGAAGGACUGCAUAGGGAACUAUGUGGACCACGAGAAGAACAAGAUGGAAGUGAAGUGCCGGGAAUGGAAACGCCAUGAGUUUCACUACGACAACAUCAUCUGGGCUUUGCUCACCCUGUUCACAGUCUCCACCGGCGAGGGUUGGCCCCAGGUGCUGCAGCAUUCGGUGGAUGUGACGGAGGAGGACCGUGGCCCCAGCCGCAGCAACCGCAUGGAGAUGUCCAUUUUUUAUGUCGUCUACUUUGUGGUCUUCCCUUUCUUCUUUGUCAACAUUUUUGUGGCUCUCAUCAUCAUUACAUUCCAAGAGCAAGGAGACAAAAUGAUGGAGGAAUGCAGUCUGGAGAAGAACGAGAGGGCCUGUAUUGACUUUGCCAUCAGUGCCAAGCCCCUCACGCGGUACAUGCCCCAGAACCGGCACACCUUCCAGUACCGGGUCUGGCACUUUGUGGUCUCCCCAUCCUUCGAGUACACCAUCAUGGCCAUGAUAGCAUUGAACACCGUGGUGCUGAUGAUGAAGUACUACUCUGCUCCGUACACCUAUGAGCUGGCCCUGAAGUACCUGAACAUCGCGUUCACCAUGGUAUUCUCCUUGGAGUGCGUCCUCAAGAUCAUUGCUUUUGGCUUCCUGAAUUAUUUCCGGGACACCUGGAACAUCUUUGACUUCAUCACCGUCAUUGGCAGCAUUACGGAGAUCAUCCUGACGGACACCAAGCUGGUGAACACCAGCAGCUUCAACAUGAGCUUCCUGAAGCUUUUCCGGGCUGCUCGGCUCAUCAAGCUGCUGCGCCAGGGUUACACCAUCCGCAUCCUGCUCUGGACGUUCGUGCAGUCCUUCAAGGCCCUCCCCUACGUCUGCCUCUUGAUCGCCAUGCUUUUCUUCAUCUAUGCGAUCAUUGGGAUGCAGGUUUUUGGCAAUAUCAAACUAGAUGAGGAAAGCCACAUUAACCGGCACAACAACUUCCGGAGCUUCCUGGGCUCCCUCAUGCUCCUCUUCAGGAGUGCCACGGGAGAGGCAUGGCAGGAGAUCAUGCUGUCCUGCCUGGAAGGCAAAGGCUGCGAGCCAGACACAACGGCGACGUCCGGGCAGAAUGAGAACGAGCGCUGCGGCACUGACCUGGCCUAUGUUUACUUUGUCUCCUUCAUCUUCUUCUGCUCUUUCCUGAUGCUCAACCUGUUCGUGGCAGUCAUCAUGGACAAUUUUGAAUAUCUGACACGGGAUUCCUCCAUCCUGGGACCUCACCAUCUAGAUGAGUUUGUCCGGAUCUGGGCAGAGUAUGACAGAGCAGCGUGCGGCAGGAUCUCGUAUAAGGAUAUGUACAAAUUAGUACGGGUGAUCUCGCCUCCUCUGGGCCUAGGAGAGAACUGCCCCUACAGGGUGGCGUGCAAGAGACUGGUACUGAUGAACAUGCCCGUGGCCGAGGACAUGACGGUCCAUUUUACCUCCACCUUGAUGGCUCUGAUACGCACAGCCUUGGACAUCAAAAUUGCCAAAGGUGGUGCAGAUUGGCAGCAGUUAGACUCCGAGCUUCAAAAGGAGAUCCUGACAAUUUGGCCUCACCUGUCUCAGAAGAUGCUUGACCUGUUGGUACCCAUGCCAAAAACCUCUGACCUGACUGUUGGCAAAAUAUAUGCAGCCAUGAUGAUCAUGGAUUACUACAAGCAGAGCAAAGCGAAGAAGCAGCGGCAGCAGCUGGAGGAGCAGAAAAAUGCCCCCAUGUUCCAGCGCAUGGAACCAUCCUCUUUGCCGCAGGAAAUCAUCUCAAACGCAAAGGCUCUGCCUUACCUCCAGCAGGACACCCUCUCGGGCCUGAGCAGCCGGAGCGGGUUCCCCUCGCUAAGCCCGCUCUCGCCACAGGAGAUCUUCCAGCUGGCAUGCAUGGAUCCGGCCCAUGGGCAGUUCCAGGAGCACCAGUCUCUGGAGCCAGAGGUUAGGGAGUUUCAAAGAGUGCAGCCCUCUAACCGUGGCACCUGCCUUCCCGUGGACACUCAGGACCACGCUGUCUCUGGGAGGGCCUCCUCCAUGCCUCGUCUCACUGUGGAUCCCCAGGUGGUGACGGACACCAGCUCGAUGCGGCGAUCGUUUUCCACCAUCCGGGACAAGCGGACCAACAGCUCCUGGCUGGAUGAGUUCUCCAUGGAGCGCAGCAGUGACAACACCUACAAGUCCCGCCGGCGCAGCUACCACUCCUCGCUCCAGCUCUCCGCCCGGCGCCUCAACGCUGACCCAGGCCACCGGUCCGACGGGCAUCGCUCAGGCGGCAGGGAGCGGGGCCGAUCCAAAGAGCGCAAGCACUUGCUGUCCCCCGAUAUCUCCCGCUGCAACUCCGAGGAGAGGAGUCCUCAGGCGCACGAUGAGUCGCCAGAGCGGCGGCGUGAGUCCCGGUCACCCAGCGAGGGCAGGUCGCAGACGCCCAACAGGCAGGGAACGGGCUCCUUGAGCGAAAGCUCCAUCCCCUCCAUCUCGGACACCAGCACCCCCCGGCGAGGCCGCCGCCAGCUCCCACCAGUGCCCCCCAAGCCGCGUCCCCUCCUCUCCUACGCCUCCAUGCUGCGGCACGCCGGAGACGCCUCGCCGCCCGCCGAGGAGAGCGAGGGGGGGUCCCCGCUCCUCUCCUCCACCCUGGAGCCCAACGCCUCUGGCCUGACCGAGUCUUCCAGCUCCCCGGCGGGGAAGCAGAGCCGACAGUCCACCCCGCAACGCUACAUCUCGGAGCCCUACCUGUCUGAGGAACCUCCAGAAGGAAAAAGCAGCGUUCUUAUUGAUGCCUUUGAGGAGGAGGAGGAGGAGGACGACCUGGAGCCCACCUCUGGAGAUGUUUUGAUCAUUUCCUCCGUGAUCCCUAUGAGGAAGACCAUUGUUUGCUGGCAUUAG